AUUUGAUAAAACACCCAUGUGCUUCGUGCGUGAUAUGUAAUUGGAAUCGUUGCUCUCGAGCUUUUGAAUCAUAUCUUCCUCUUCCUUUUGCUCUUGUUUUUCCUUAGAGAAUUGGUAUUGGGGAAAUGGAGGAAGGAAAUAAAAGGUGGGGGUGGGAGGAAACCUUACGGGAGCACCCGUCGGAGUAUUAAAGGACCGAUGGCUUGGGAGUGUGGGGUCUAGACCAUCAUUAGAUCUUCCUUCUGGAAGCUCUAGAGUUGCCCUUGCCUGCCACUUAAUUCUCUUCUCCCUCAUCAUCAACUUCACUAUUGUCCGUACUAGACCCACCACAUCAUAAUAGCUCGUAAUAAAUCAAAUGCCACAUAGAAACAAUGACACUAGCUCCCCCAGCAGAAGGAAUAUUUCCAACAAUUGAAGAAUGCGAAAGGGCAGUGCAAGCACAUGCGGCCAAAGAGGGCUACGCUAUUGUAAUGCACGCGAAGGCCAAGUCAAAACGUACCGGUAAAUACAUCAGAUACUUGAUCCGGUGCGAUAAAUCCGGUAGUUUUCAAUCCAAAGCAACUAUCGGAUUAAAGAAGACCACAACUAAGAAAACAAAUUGUCCGUUUUCUUGUCAUAUCAAUGUCCGCGAAGAUGGUUGCUACUUCGCAGUUAGCAUUCCGGAACAUAACCACCCUCCAUCAAGCGACCCAAGUGAGCAUGUUCAACAUCGGAAAUUGACCGAAGACCAACGAAGCUUCAUAGAAGCUGCUGCUAUUGAGAAAAAGACAGUCAGGGUUAUUCAUGAAGAACUUCUAAAAGCCUACCCUCAAUGUUAUGCGAAAAUCGAAGACGUUGGGAAUCACGUUCAAUUCUGGAAGAAAAAGGCUAAAGAGAACGCUACCGGAGUCCAAGCGCUUCUAAUCGACCUUCAAGAGAGGGAAGACAACUGGAGUUUUCCCUUAGAAAGGCAUGGCAAUCUAGAGGGAAUAUUGUGGGUCCCCAGGUGGUUCCAAAGCCAUUGGCAACGACCGGACGUACACAUAAUAAUCAUAGAAACGAAGCACAUAAUUAACCAAUCCGUGCUAUCGGUUAUAGAGAUGAAUAAUGUCCUGGCGGCCAACUCACAACUCGGCGCUGGAUACGCGAUCCUCCCAGACAAAACCGACCACACCCUUCUAUGGUUGAUACAGGCUAUCGAUAAACUCCGAUUGCGUUUGAGGAUACCAAAGCCUCAAGUCCUUAACAUCACGGACUUCAAAACUGCUGAAACGAAUGUUCUAGCCGAAAUCCGCGUCGGACGGAGCUCGCGAAUCAUAUGUGGAAGAUUCAUUGAUUCGGGGAUAGAUGAGUCCUCCCAAGUUCCUGGCACCCAAGACGAUGCGACUAGCGGCGAAGGUUUUGUGCCAGCUGCGCAAGGAUAGUUAAGAAUUCCCUAUAUGAUGGCCAUGUAUCAGUGUAGGUACCCGAACAUAAAACUACCUUUUAAUGUGGGUAAUGAAUGAAAUGCAUAAACGACGGUUUAAGUCACCAGGCUUUCUUAUAGUUGAGAGGAACUUAUUCGGACAUCGCUACUUCAAACAUUCGCUUAUAGGGUACCUACAUAAGUAUUCAUUACCCACAGAGAAGACCUUUACGCCCAAUGACGGUCUAAAGAAGUGGCGAAUGGGGGGUCAACU